UUUUUAUUUUUCAUUCAUUAUUUAUUUUAUUUUUUUUUCAACUUAAAUAAAAAUAAAAAUAAAUUUUUUAAAUUCAUCUGCCACGAACUACAUUGACCGCUGAAGAAGUUGCGCGUCGAUAUGCCAGUAUCGAACACAGCCAGUAUAUUUACUGGCAUACUAGUGGGCUUAGUAGCUGGCUAUGCACUCUGGGAAUGUGCGUCAUCCUUCAUACCGGCGUUACGCAAUCAGAAAAUAAAAACGCAAGGAACCAUAAAAAUGUCGUUGCAACCGUUAGUAGAUGGGGAGUAUCGCGAAUCCGGACAACUCAUCGAUCUGUACAAUUUCAGCUACAUUAUGAACCAACCAAGCUGCACAGCAAAUAUACACGCUUUGGUAUUGAUACAUACAGCGCCGGGAAAUCAGGAUAGACGUAAAUUAAUACGACAAACUUGGGCUAAUUUCGUCGAAUUGCCCUUACAUAAAAAUAGCAUACCCUUCCGUGUGAUCUUCCUACUUGGACUCCCCGAAACGGAGGCGAAUCAAUCAGAGUUGGAGCGUGAGAAUUUCGAAUAUGAUGACAUGGUGCAGGGCUCAUUCGUGGACACAUACAACAAUUUGACAUACAAACAUGUAAUGGCCAUGAAAUGGUUCCUCACCUAUUGCAGCGAUUCAAAAAUACUGAUUAAAGUGGAUGAUGAUAUAUUUCUCAACACACCACAACUGAUGAUUUAUCUGCACAACACCAUGCUGCAUGACCAGUUGCCGCAGACUGGCAAGGAACAAACGCCACCAGUGGAGAGUCAACCUGAUCGUGGUGUGGCAAAUAACAGUGAGCAGCCGCUAAAGCUGCUACUCAGAAAACCACGAGAUGUGUUGUUUUGCAAUCGUAAAGUCAAUGUAACUGUCAGGAGUAAUCCGAGUGAUUAUCCACACGCUAUCUAUCCGCCUUAUUGUCCCGGUUUUGCCAUUGUAUAUUCGGUUGAUGUGGUGAAGCGUUUAUAUGCGGCGGCACAGAAGACCAAAGCUUUUUGGAUCGAUGACAUACAUAUAACUGGUAUAUUGGCUAAGAAAUUGGGAAUCAGUAUCAGACCAGCACAAGCUUUUACCACCAUUUGUAACUCGCAUCAGCCCAUAUGUAAUAGUUUGUUGGAAGAAAGUGGAAGAGCGAGGAGAGAACGCGCAAAUCUGGAUCCAAAGGAAUAUUUAUUCACACUGCAGCCGAAAUCUUUUCAAAUGCAUACAAUGUGGCAGAUGCAACUUAAACGUCUGAAGGAGUAUAUAUUGAAGAAUAUCCAAGACAGCGGUGCUCACAUUGAUGCGGUCGAGGGAUAACUGUGGUAAUUUUGAAGAAAUGCAUAGAGAUUAAAUUUGUAUACAUUGGAGAUGAAUAAAUAAUUUGAAGAAGA